AUGGCUUACAACCGUCCCUACGACGAGGAUGCCCUCCCCAGAUUUGCUGAGCCUGAGCCCAAGCCAGGACAGUCUAGGACUCCUGUCCAGCAGCAGCAACACUAUGCUCCGCCCAAGCAGCAGCACCAGCAAUACGCCCCUCAACAGCAGUAUCAGCAGCAGCAGCCUCGAUACGACAAGCCUCUACCCACCCAGAGAGAUGCGCGAUCCCAUUCACUAGGCCAGAGUCCAGCUUCCCACGGUUAUAUGUCCCCGCCUCCAAACCCUGGCGGCGCGAGACCUCAAGCUCACAACCGCCCUGCUACCAACUCACGACCCCCUCCUUCGCCUGCUCUCGACGGCAGUGGCUCCGAUCCCUCGCUCCUGCCUCUAUUUCGUGCCGUAGACAAAGAUGGUACCGGUCAUCUUUCUGAGAGGGAACUAUCUGCAGCACUCGUCAAUGGUGACUGGACUGCCUUCGACCCCCAUACCGUUCGCAUGAUGAUCCGAAUGUUCGACUCCGACCGAAGCGGCACUAUUGGAUUCGAGGAGUUUUGCGGUCUUUGGUCAUUUUUGGCUUCGUGGAGGACUCUCUUCGACCGAUUCGACGCCGAUCGCAGUGGCAACAUCUCACUCUCCGAGUUCAACAAUGCUCUCGUCGCUUUCCGAUACCGAUUAAGUCCCCAAUUUGUCGAGUUGCUCUUCAACACUUACGACAAGCGAAAUGAGGGUGUCAUGAGCUUCGAUCUGUUCGUUCAGAGCUGUAUCUCUUUGAAGCGCAUGACCGAUGUCUUCAAAAAGUACGACGAUGACCGCGACGGCUACAUCACCUUGAGUUUCGAGGACUUUUUGACAGAAAUUCUGAAACAGCUCAAAUAG